GCGUUAUCUUCUUAUAUCCAGUCGUCUUCGCCCUUCUCAUUGAACCGCUACUUGACCUUGAACCUCUUCGACAUCAUCGGAUUCGUCAUGGAUUCGUCAUACCAAAGCGCCUCUGCUGGAAGCUUAUGGAAUGAUGACAUCACUGGACAACAUCGUACGACAUGACAUGUCAACCAAACUUUUAGGCUAUCCCUUUUCUCGCCUUCCUUUACGCUCCCGACUCUUUACAGCGAUAAACAUUUUCUGUACAAUAGCAUCUCAUCGUUCUUCCGAGUCGUUCUCUUAGCGUAGUCAACGUCGAGGUUAUUUUCCUACGCUUUUUCAUGCCUGAUAACAAUUACGAAAUUCUAAGAAAUCUGAUACUUUUGGUUCAUCUAUUUUCUCUCAAAAGACAAUUCGGCGCGAUCUUGUUAUCUAGUUGCUAGUGCCUUUUAACGCCACCUUGUAUGCCACCGGUCGGUGGUGUUUACAUUGUCGGUUUACACGGUCAUAACCUACCUCACCUUUAAAGUUUGUUGUUUUUCUCUGAAAGAAAAUUGUUAUAACAACCUUUAACAAUUAUCAUUGCUGAUUAAGGCGAUGGCUUCAUCGGAAGACAACGGAGUUGAACUACUGCCGUGCAGUUUUAAGUUUCAUAACUUCUUGACCGAAGUUGGUGAGGUUAAGAUGAGUUGUCAAAUUAUUAAAAUGAGAGACAGUUUUUAUGUAUGGGUUGGUAAUUACAAUAACAAUGUCAUGAAUCAUCUAUCGUUAGCCCUUGUAUCAAAUUAUGAAAAAGUACCCAUCUCCACGACUUUAUUGGGUUCUGUUGCCGAUUCCACAUCUACUAACAUGGCUAAGCGAUUAGCUAAAAAGCUGGGAAUGCCUGUCUACGUGAGCUUCAACAUCGAAGCCGAUAAUCUAUCGAUGCCAGCAAUUGAGAAGAAACUUCAACAAGAGAUCAACAUCGGUUUUGUUGCACUCGCGGAUGAGCCUAGGAUUUUGGAAUCUGCGUAGAAAUUACCUCUUCCUCUCUCGCCAGCAGCCUCUGUUUGGUUAAGAAACUCUCGCCGAGACUAUGUUUUUGCUAUUUUGAAAAUAAGUUUGUAAGAUAAAUAUAAAAUAACAUUUAAUUUGCUAAAAA